GUGGUUCAAACCCUAACGGACAAUCACCAUCAAGCCCAGGUGGUUCAAACCCUAACGGACAAUCACCAUCAAGCCCAGGUGGUUCUCAGCCAAACGGACAAUCACCAUCCACCCCAGGUGGUUCAAACCCUAACGGACAAUCACCAUCAAGCCCAGGUGGUUCAAACCCAAACGGACAAUCAACAUCCACCCCAGGUGGUUCAAACCCUAACGGACAAUCACCAUCCACCCCAGGUGGUUCAAACCCUAACGGACAAUCCCCAACAAACCCUGAUGGUUCAAACCCUAAUGGACAGUCACCAUCAGGCCCAAGUAGUACUAACCCCAACGGACAAUCACCAACCAACCCUGAUGGUUCAAGCCCUAACGGACAAUCACCAUCCAACCCUGAUGAUUCAAACCCUAACGGACAAUCACCAUCUAACCCUGAUGGUUCAAACCCCAACGGGCAAUCACCAUCCAACCCUGAUGGUUCAAACCCUAACGGACAAUCACCAUCCAACCCUGAUGGUUCAAACCCUAACGGACAAUCACCAUCAAGCCCAGGUGGUUCUAAACCCAACGGACAGUCACCAUCAAAUCCCAACGGACAAUCGCCAUCAAGCCCAGGUGGUUCAAACCCUAAUGGACAAUCACCAUCAAGCCCAGGUGGUUCUCAACCCAAUGGACAAUCUCAAAUAAACCCUGAUGGUUCAAACCCUAACGGACAAUCAGCAUCCAACCCUGAUGGUUCAAACCCUAAUGGACAAUCACCAUCAAGCCCAGAUGGUUCAAACCCUAACGGACAAUCUCCAACAAACCCUGAUGGUUCAAGCCCUUACGGACAUUCACCAACCAACCCUGAUGGUUCAAGCCCUAACGGACAAUCUCCAUCCAACCCUGAUGGUUCAAGCCCUAACGGACAAUCACCAUCUACCCCAGGUGGUUCAAACCCUAACGGACAAUCGCCAUCAAGCCCAGGUGGUUCUCAACCCAACGGACAAUCUCCAAUAAACCCUGAUGGUUCAAACCCUAACGGACAAUCACCAUCCAACCCUGAUGGUUCAAACCCUAACGGACAAUCACCAUCCAACCCUGAUGGUUCAAACCCUAAUGGACAAUCUCCAACCAACCCUGAUGGUUCAACCCCUAAUGGACAAUCACCAUCUACCCCAGGUGCUUCAAACCCAAACGGACAAUCGCCAUCAAGCCCUGGUGGUUCAAACCCUAAUGGACAAUCUCCAUCUAACCCUGAUGGUUCUCAACCAAACGGACAAUCAUCAUCCAACCCUGAUAGUUCAAACCCUAAUGGACAAUCACCAUCAAGCCCAGAUGGUUCAAACCCUAACGGACAAUCUCCAACCAAUCCUAAUGGUUCAAGCCCUAACGGACAAUCACCAUCCAACCCUGAUGGUGGUUCAAACCCAAUCGGACAAUCGCCAUCAAGCCCUGGUGGUUCAAACCCUAAUGGACAAUCUCCAUCUAACUCUGAUGGUUCUCAACCAAACGGGCAAUCAUCAUCCAAUCCCGAUUAUUCAAACCCCAAUGGACAAUCCCCAACAAACCCUAAUGGACAGUCACCAACAGGCCCAAGUAGUACUAACCCCAACGGACAAUCACCAACCAACCCUGAUGGUUCAAGCCCUAACGGACAAUCACCAUCAAGCCAAGGUGGUUCUAAACCCAACGGACAGUCACCAUCAAAUCCCAACGGACAAUCGCCAUCAAGCCCAGGUGGUUCAAACCCUAACGGACAAUCACCAUCCACCCCAGGAGGUUCAAACCCUAACGGACAAUCGCCAUCAAGCCCAACUGGAUCCAACCCUAACGGACAAUCACCAUCAAGCCCAGGUGGUUCUCAGCCAAACGGACAAUCACCAUCAAGCCCAGGUCGUUCAAACCCUAACGGACAAUCACCAUCUUACCCUGAUGGUUCAAACCCUAACGGACAAUCACCAUCCAACCCUGAUGGUUCAAACCCUAAUGGACAAUCACCAUCAAGCCCAGAUGGUUCAAAUCCUACCGGACAAUCUCCAUCCAACCCUGAUGGUUCAACCCCUAAUGGACAAUCACCAUCUACCCCAGGUGGUUCAAACCCUAACGGACAAUCGCCAUCAAGCCCUGUUGGUUCAAGCCCCAAUGGACAACCUCCAUCUAACCCUGAUGGUUCUCAACCAAACGGACAAUCAUCAUCCAAUCCUGAUAAUUCAAACCCCAAUGGACAAUCCCCAACAAACCCUGAUGGUUCAAACCCUAAUGGACAGUCACCAACAGGCCCAA